AUGAGUGUUGUCCUACGUGCCAUAAUCAUAAUAAUUUUAAGUGUCGAGCUCUUAAUGGGAAAUUUAGGAAAUGUAUUCAUAGUGCUGGUGAACAUCAAGAACUGGGUCAAGAGGAGAACAAUUUCUACAACGGACCAAAUCCUCAUGGCUCUUGCCAUCUCUAGAAUUGCUUUUUUGUGGUCAAUGGUCACAACUGUAUUGAUAUAUGUGAUGAAACAAGCUACAAUUAUAACUAAAAAUCUUAUUAGAAUGAUUGAUAUACAGUUGGCAAUAACCAACCAUUUCAGUAUCUGGCUUGCUACAGUCCUCAGCAUCUUUUACUUUCUUAAGAUAGCCAAUUAUUCAAACUUUAUUUUUCUAUAUCUAAAGUGGAGAGUUAAAAAAGUGGUUUCAGUAACACUUCUUGCAUCUUUGCUCCUUUUGUUUUUAAACAUUCUAGUCAUAAACAGAUAUAUUGAUGUCUGGAUUGAUGGUCAUGAAGCAAAUACAUCCUACAGUGUUAUCUUAAGUAAAUCUACUCAGGUUUCCAGGCUUAUAUUAAUCACCACAGCUAUGUUCACACUCAUCCCCUUUACUAUGUGUCUGAUAACUUUCCUCCUGCUCAUCUUCUCCCUGUGGAGACAUCUGAAGAACAUACAUUACAAUGCCAAAGGCUCCAGAGAUGUCAGUACCCGAGCACACAUAAAGACCCUGCAAACUGUGGUCACCUUCCUGCUAUUAUAUACUUCUUUCUUCCUGUCAGUUCUUUUACAAUUCUGGAAGGCUGGCUUUCAGAAGAAAUCUCCGAUUGUUUUGUUUUUAUUUGGUAUAGGAAUUGCUUUUCCCUCAGUACACUCCUGGAUCUUAAUUCUGGGAAACACUCCUCUGAGACAGGCAUGCUUUUCUAUGCUCUGGUGGCUGAUGUGCAGGUCCAAAGAUGCUGAGCACUUGGAUCCCUAA